GCGAACAGAGAUGCACAGCAAUUUGGGGCUCUCCAGGGAAUCCUCCUGCUCUGGUUGCGACCAUGGGAAAGAGAGUGGCUGUCGUGCUGGCUGGCUGUGGGGUGUACGACGGGAGCGAGAUCCACGAGUCGUCUGCUGUGCUGGUGCAUCUCAGCAGGGAGGGGGCAGAGGCAGAGGUUUACGCUCCCGAUGUUGACCAGAUGCAUGUGGUGGACCACGUGAAAGGACAGCCAACUCAGGAGAAGCGCAACGUGCUGGUUGAAAGUGCCAGAAUAGCCAGAGGCAACAUCAAGGAGCUAGCCAAUCUGGAUGUCAAGGGGCUGGAUGCCCUAAUCAUACCAGGUGGCUUUGGAGUGGCUAAAAACCUGAGUACUUGGGCUACUCAAGGCAAGAACUGCAUCAUCUCCAAAGAGGUGGAGGAUGUCCUGAAGGCAUUCCACGCUGCCAAAAAGCCCAUUGGCCUGUGCUGCAUUUCCCCAGUGCUGGCAGCCAAAAUCUUCCCAGGCUGCGAGCUGACCGUGGGUCAUGACACAGAGUGUGAGAAAUGGCCUUACGCAAAGACUGCCGAGACCAUGAAGGAGCUUGGUUGCAAGCACGUGAACAAACACGUCACUGAAAUCCAUGUGGAUGCGAAGAACAAGCUGGUGACCACCAGCGCCUUCAUGUGCAACGCCCCCAUUCACGAGAUCUACGACGGCAUCGGGAAAAUGGUCAAAGAAGUGGUCAGACUGGCCUGAAUGCCACAAAGCCACAGAAUCCAUCUCCUCCGGAGCGCAGGCACCGAGCCUUGGCUGACCUCCUUCCCCUUUUACACCCAUAUGUCAACAGGCAAACUGCUACGCAGACGGGCUUCUCCCCCCACACCAGCCCACGGGUGGCUGCUGAGGGGGGACAACUCCGGAGCUGCGGGAGUGUUGUGUUCUGCCAAGGAGGCACCACUCACUGACAGCAAACUGGCAGUAACUGGAGUGUGGACACGCAGAGGCCAGUUUUCCCCAGGGCUCAAACACAGGCACCAUCUUUGGUUCUGAGAGGCUGAGUUGCCUGGGUUGUGCCGGCCGUGGCUGGCCUGACCUGACAUGAGCAUCUCGUGUGCCAGCAAGAAUUGGAAUUCCUUACACAUCCAGCUUUGCCAGCACUUCAAAGCUUCCCACGUCCCUCCACCUCACACAAGAGAUGAAUUAGUGGCAAAAAGAAUGAACACGGUUCUGCUACUGAAUAAAACCUGUCACUUUUUA